GUGCGAGUCACUGAUGUGUGCGUCUACACGACUCAUAAACUGUAGCACCGCAAUAUGCACCGCAACGAAAAAGACUCAGCAGGCGACGGACCUGCCUCCCCUUUCUACGCCCCCUUCUUGCCCGUACUGAGCUCCACACACUGGGACGCCCCGGGGUAGGCCGGCAGCUCUAGCCUGUACUUGCGCUGAAUGCUCGACGGCACAAACCGACCACCCAGAUAGUGACGACCAUAGAAAUGCUCUGCACCUGAGACAGAAGGAAAGUAACACCGUCAACCCUCCCACUGAUGAGUGCUUCAGGUGCCGUGCCUACAUUUCUUGGGGGCGGUGAGUGAGACGAGCACAUCAGGGAUGACUGCGUCGCCAUUCCCCUGCGGCCCCUUCUCGACGUCCCACCCGCUCGGCGCAUCCACCGCCACAAUGGUGGGCUUCUUGGGCUGCCCGGAGGACGUCUGGAUGCGCCUCAGCUCGCCCAAGAUAGCGUCGUAGGGCGGGCGGACAGCUCCACUGAAAGAGAAGCCGAAGAGUGCGUCGAUGAUGACGUCAGCACUUGCGAGGGAGGAGGGGAGAGACUCCUGCCAGUGACACACACACACGCACACACGCACACACGCACACAGAGUGACGUUCGGUCAACGCAGCUCUCUUUACUGUCGUAUGUCGCACCUCCACUGGUAUGUUUGAUUCUUUGAGCUGUGUGACGAGCGAGCUGUACCACUCCUUCUUGCCCACCUUGGGGUAUACCACCGUGACGUCGUGGCCGAAAUGGAACAGGUGGCGCGCAGCGACCAGCCCAUCGCCUCCGUUGUUGCCAGGUCCGCAGAGCACCACGAUCUGCAUGGACGACUGCUGGCUGAGAUCUUGCACUGCCUGCGCCACCGACAGCCCCGCCAGCUCCAUGAGCUGCUCCAGGCAGAAGCCGCACGGACCCAUCAGCUCAUCGUCGAGCGCUGCCGACUCGCUCUGACCCAAGUACUGCACACCACCCUCAUCGUGAGCAACACACCCGAGCGUCAUCGAUUCAUGAGAUAGGCAUUGUGUUGUGUUGUGCAUUGUCGUUUGUACCCUGACGUCAGCCAUGGUGCUUGUGCGCGGAGAUGAGAGGGGCGCAGUGUACGAAAUGUGCCGCAGAAGGCCCGUCAGGCGGCUCGUUAUGUGGAAUGCUCGCGUGGUCAGAAAGGGGAGGCUCCAAAGACACAAAGUGGCGCGCAUCAGUGAUCUUUAU